UUUAAAGUGAGCUGAGUUAGAGGGGUUUCCUCGUCUGUGACUGGAGACCGUCAACCACAGAGGUGGGUGAUAACAGCAUCCGUUGCUGUUACUCAGCCUUUACACAGCUCAAUGAACUGCUCGCAAAGAAGCCACUGAUCGUGCCUCCUGCUUUUUGCAGGGCAGAGAUACUGAUCAGUGUCUAAAAACUGCAAUCCUUUUUUUCCUAUGAGAUUAUUUUUUCAUAGACUACCUUUUUUAGCUUUCAAGGUCUCUGUAGCCUGUCUCCUUCCGCCAUGGUGCUAGGAAAGGUAAAGAGCUUCACAGUAAGCUACGACUGUCUCAAUGACAGCAAUGUCCCCGUCUUCUCGAGCGGGGACAGCGUCUCAGGGAGGGUGAUCAUCGAAGUCACGGGAGAAAUCCGUGUGAAAUCUCUCAAAAUCCACGCGAAAGGUUUUGCAAAAGUUCGUUGGACGGAGUCAAGAAACGCUGGAUCCAACACUGCCUACACGCAAAACUACACAGAAGAAGUGGAAUACCUAAACCACAAAGAUAUUCUUAUUGGACAUGAAAGAGACGAUGACAACUCGGAGGAAGGACUCACCACUAUCCAUUCAGGAAGACAUGAGUAUGCAUUCAGCCUCGAGCUUCCACAGACACCUCUGGCUACCUCUUUCGAAGGGAAGCAUGGCAGUGUGCGCUACUGGGUAAAAGCAGAGCUUCACAGGCCAUGGCUCCUGCCCAUGAAGACCAAGAAGGAAUUUACCGUUUUUGAGCACAUUGACAUCAACACUCCAUUAUUGCUAUCACCACAGGCUGGCACUAAAGAAAAGACGCUUUGCUGUUGGUUCUGUACCUCAGGUCCUAUUUCCCUAAGUGCCAAAAUUGAAAGGAAGGGAUAUACUCCAGGAGAGUCGAUCCAGAUCUUUGCUGAGAUCGAGAACUGUUCUUCCCGAAUGGUAGUGCCAAAGGCAGCCAUCUACCAGACUCAGACCUUCUAUGCCAAAGGGAAGAUGAAGGAGGUCAAGCAGCUGGUGGCCAACCUGCGGGGAGAGUCUCUGUCGUCGGGCAAAACGGAAACCUGGAGUGGCAAGAUGCUGAAGAUCCCACCUGUCUCGCCCUCCAUCCUGGACUGCAGUAUUAUCAGAGUGGAGUACUCCCUCAUGGUUUAUGUGGACAUACCUGGGGCAAUAAACCUUUCCCUAAACCUGCCUCUGGUCAUCGGAACGAUCCCUCUCCACCCAUUUGGAUCUCGCACCUCCAGUGUGAGCAGCCAGUGCAGCAUGAGCUGGUUGGGGAUGGGUCUUCCAGAGAGGCCUGAAGCUCCUCCAAGCUACGCUGAAAUAGUGACGGAGGAGCAGAGGCAGAUCUGUCUGGAUGUCCCGGCCGUGCGAGAGGAGCUGGAAGGACCUCUGUUUGCCUAUAUUCAUGAGUUCCGCUUCCAGCCGCCUCCACUGUACUCUGAGAUUGAUCCCAACCCGGAUCACGUCAGACGCACAGAGGAGCGCAGACUCGACUCCUGUCCAUCCCGCUGAGCUCAAAUUCCUUCUCCUUACUCGGGGAACCGAAAAAGAACCUACGCUUGCAACGCUCGGCUUAGAACAUUUUUCUCAGAUAACAGCAUUCGAGUAAUGCCGUUGAUAUCGGGAGAAAAAUAAGAAAUCCAACCAACAAAAACUUGUCCAAUGUUGAGUUGGAUUUGGACAAAUCUGUUCCUGCCUUCCCUCCGAGAGAGAAACCGGAGUCUAGUUCGGGGCAUCACUUCCUUCCUGUGUCAACGUUCUGAGGGGGGGUGGGAUAUGUGCAGAUGAGCACACUGUAUGGGGAAUUACUCCCACUAGAGGCCAGAGCCCCUUUGAUGGUCUUAACGAAGAACCAUCAGGGCUCUGCCCGCCAAGUUCCUCUUUGCUCAUUUAAAAAGAAAAAAGAAAAAAAAUUCCUCUUACACAUGGCACAUAAGGACGUGACUCCUGACACGGCGGGUGGGACUAAUCCUGUCCAAACUUCAGUAGAAUUACCUUAACCAUGAGAUGAAGAGAGACAAAAGUAACAACCUUCUAAACUCUAUAGUCUGGGUGACCGGUGGCUUUCAGCAGCAGUAAACAGCACAGCGAAGACUAGGCCCUAUAGCCUCAUUUAGGAUUUUGUUUUGCACAUUUUAUUCUUUACUUGAGUUGCAUGGCUCUAUUUAAUGAGAGUAUGUUUUCUCUCUUUUUCUUUGGUUUUAAAUCACUAAUGGUUUGGUUUCAGCUUUGCAGGCCGUCGCAUUGAGAAUAUUAGACAGCAGACUUAACAACUUUUGAGAAUACAUCUGCACAAAACUUUGAGCAAUGCUGAGAACAGGAUUCUUUUUUUUUUUUUU